UUCUUCGUUCACGUACCGUAGUUAGUGCUUGAUCACUUGUGGAUCCCGAGGGGACAUCAUGGCUUGGUUUGGAUGAAGCCUUGAGCUUUAGUUGGCUGUCUCGGUGGCCUCGCGGUUCUCCGAGCUGAGAAAGCGUCGUGCAUCCGCGUACUUUGUUGCUUGUUUAAUUGUACAAGCUCCUGGAUACCAUGCAGGACACUGCUAUAAAGUUUGGCUGCUAAUCAAUGGAUCGGUUACCUUGGGAAUAUAUGUGAAUUUCAAUGGAGGUUGGCAUGAUUGAAGUGCAAGAUGGUGUGGGGCAUGCUGCAGGGGUAGACGAGGCUGAUGUUGAAACAAAUGAAGCUGAUCAUAGUAAUGUCGAAAACUCAACAGUUCAUGAUGAGAAUGGGUUGGGCGAGCCCCACGUGGGUAUGGAAUUCGACUCUGAAGAUGCUGCCAAGACCUUUUAUGAUGAAUAUGCUAGACGAGAAGGAUUUAGCUCCAAGGUUGGUCCAUCCAGCCAGUCUAAGCUUGGAGGAGUAGUUGUUGCGCGGGAGUUUGUAUGUGCCAGAGAUGGCUUGAAAAGAAAAUCUGUGGAUAGUUGCAGUGCUAUGAUUAGAAUCGAGUUGAAAGGUCAAUUCAAAUGGGUCUUGACAAAAUUUGUAAAGGAGCAUAACCAUGCUAUGGUUAGUCCUAGUAAAGUGCACCAUCUUCGACCUCGCCGGCAUUUUGCUGGUGCAACAAAAAACAUGGCUGAUAAUUUCCGAGGGACAACAGUAGUUCCUAGUGGUGUUAUGUAUGUGUCCAUGGAUGGUAAUCGUGAGGUUAAUCAUGGAUCUACAAGUUCGCCAAGUGUCGAAUUAAAUCGUCCCGUUAAGAAUGCUGGGACUGUUAAUCAUGUUGUCAAACCAUCUAGUCAAAAGAGAACCUUAGGGAGGGAUGCUCAGAACCUGUUGGACUAUUUUAAGAAGAUGCAGGCUGAAAAUCCGGGUUUCUUCUAUGCAAUUCAACUUGACGAAGAGAAUCACAUGGGCAAUGUUUUCUGGGCUGAUGCAAGGUCAAGGUCCGCUUACAGUCAUUUUGGAGAUGUAGUUUCACUGGACACGAUGUAUCGAGUAUAUCAGUAUAGAGUGCCAUUUGCUCCGUUCACAGGCGUGAAUCAUCAUGACCAGACCAUCUUAUUUGGUUGUGCACUGCUGCUAGAUGAUUCCGAGGCUUCUUUUAUAUGGCUUUUCAAGACUUUUCUUACUGCAAUGGGUGAUCGUCCUCCAGUCUCCAUAAUCACCAACCAAGACAGGGUUAUACAGACUGCAGUUUCUAAAGUCUUUCCUGGAGCCCGCCACUGUAUUAGUAAGUGGCACGUUUUAAGAGAAGGCGAGGAGAGGUUGGCUCACGUGUGUCAUGCACAUCCAAAUUUCCAGUUGGAACUGUAUAAUUGUAUCAACAUGACCGAAACCAUCGAUGAAUUUGAAUCUUCAUGGAACUCAAUUCUUGACAAAUAUGACCUUAGGAGAAAUGACUGGCUUCAGUCAAUAUAUAAUGCUCGUGCACAGUGGGUUCCGGUGUACUUCCGUGAUUCCUUUUUCGGUGCUAUUUCUCCAAAUCAAGGAAUUGAUAGUGCCUUCUUUGAUGGUUAUGUUAAUCAACAGACGACAUUACCCAUGUUCUUCCGGCAGUAUGAAAGAGCUUUUGAGAACUGGCUUGAAAAGGAAAUAGAGGCAGAUUUCGAUACUAUAUGCACCUCACCAGUACUAAGAACACCAUCACCCAUGGAGAAACAGGCUGCAAAUCUGUACACAAGGAAAGUGUUUGCUAAAUUUCAAGAAGAGUUGGUCGAAACCUUUGUUUAUACUGCAAAUAGAAUAGAGGGCGACGGGAUAACGAGCACUUUUAGAGUCGCAAAGUUUGAAGAUGACAGCAAGGCAUAUAUUGUCACAUUGAACCAUUCUGAAAUGAGGGCAAAUUGCAGUUGCCAAAUGUUUCAGUACUCAGGCAUUCUGUGUAGGCAUGUUUUGACUGUCUUCACGGUGUCAAAUGUUCUUACAUUGCCAUCCCAUUACAUUAUGAAACGGUGGACCCGGAAUGCCAAGACUUGUCUAGAUGAUCGCGUUAGUGAACUUCAGGGACACGAAUCUUUAACCGUAAAGUAUAAUAACUUAUGUCGGGAAGCCUUGAAAUAUGCAGAAGAAGGUGCAAUAGCUUCAGAGACGUAUAAUGCAGCAAUGAAUGCCCUUAAAGAAGGCGGGAGAAAAAUUUCUGCGGUGAAGAAGAAUGUUGCUAGAGUUCCUCCCCCAGCCUCUCAGAUUGGUGGAGGUGGUUAUGAUGACCGUAAGAGCUCAUCAUCCUCAGACAUGACCCCUUUGCUUUGGCCAAGGCAAGAUGAGGUGACGAGAAGGUUUAACCUUAACGAUGCUAGUGCUCCAACUCAGAAUGUUUCUGAUUUGAAUCUACCUCGCAUGGGCCCCUUGUCUCUUCAUCGGGAUGACGUUCAUGCGGAAAACAUGGCGGUUCUUCCUUGUCUCAAGUCAAUGACUUGGGUGAUGGAGAACAAGAAUUCAACGCCAGAGAAUAGGGUGGCCAUCAUAAACUUAAAGUUGCAAGAUUACAGCAGAAGUCCAACAGCAGAAGCUGAGGUUAAGUUUCAGCUUUCAAGAGUAACACUAGAGCCCAUGUUGAGAUCAAUGGCAUACAUAAGUGAGCAGCUCUCAACGCCGGAUAACAGGGUUGCUGUGAUCAAUUUGAAGCUCCAAGAUACAGAGACAACAUCAGGAGAGUCGGAGGUUAAAUUUCAAGUGUCUCGCGAUACAUUGGGUGCCAUGUUAAGAUCUAUGGCUUAUAUACGCGAGCAACUGUCAAAUGAUGUCGAGCCCCAGUCUGACACCCCGGUGAAAAAGCAGCGGAAGUGAAUAGUUGAAGUUGUGAAUUUUCUUUUACUUAGCUAGGCAUCUCACUGUUGUGAUUCAGCAGUGGCAAAGUUUGUUCAUCCAGCGCUCAGUCACUCCCAUCAAGUUGGGUAUGGCCUUCUCUCUUCUAGUUCGGUUUCGAUUGAAACCUUGUAAAUUUUGCAUUUUUGUAAAUGUAGCUAGUUUUCUUCUUCUUUUUUUAUUUUUAUUUUGUUUUGUUUUGUUUUUCCCUAUACCAAAGCUUUGAAGAGUGCACAAUUUGGGCAUUCCUCAGGGACCCUGUAACGUAUAUGAUCCGAGGGUUGGAGUUAGUUGUUUGCAUGUUGGGGUUGUCA